AUCACUUGGGCGUUGCCUAGAUGACUAUAAAGUGUUGAAUAAACUUUCAGUCAGCCCACGUCUAACUCCACUGAAGCUCUGCCACAGUUUCUGCAUCCUCGUGAUCCGCACUCAUUUCUGCAACCAUGACUGACUUGGAGAAAUCCAUGGAGUCCAUGAUAACCGUGUUCAACAAGUAUGCCCAUGAUGGCAAACAAGGAAAGGCCUUAACCAAGAAAGAACUAAGAAAACUAAUUGAGGCUGAGCUUCCCAACUUCCUGAAAAACCAGAAGAAUCCCAACACCGUGGACCAUAUCAUGAAGGAUCUGGACCAGAACAAAGAUGAUGUCUUGGACUUUGAAGAAUUUAUGCCAUUCCUCGCCGGCCUCACAAUGGCCUGUGAAAAAUAUUGCUCCAUGAGUGCUAAAAAGAAGUGAAAGAACUGAUGUGCAAAUACACUGUAAGAGAAAAUAAUGCUUGUCUUUUUUUUUUCUUUCUUUUUUUGUAACAGAUAAAGUUGAUUGUGUUGCACAACUGUGUGCCGGAUUUACAAGUAAAAACUGCUUUUG